AUCACGUCAUAUGCAUGCAGGACAGAUUGAGGACUUAAGGCAAGACAUUCAUUCGAUACUACAUGUAAUAGAAAACAGUGUAAAUAAGAUCCCCGACAGAAGAAGAAGAUCCCCGACAGAAGAUGAUCCCGGGUAUGAAAGGUAGACUGAAAACCGGACGUUUCCUCCUCGUGCUCCUCUCUGGAGCAUUGUUCAGUACCUAUUUAUGGCAUUUACCUGAAUCAGUGUUAAAUUGGAGCCCUUCCGAUGGUCGAGUGCCUAUACCUGAUAGUCCUUUUGUGGUGAAAGGGCAGUUGAAUGUCCCAAGUGCAACUCCAACAAAGGCUUUGUCGGACCAAAACUAUUUACGGUUUGUGUUACAAUCAAAGCCAACAGUCGCAAUAAAGGACCCUGUCCUGCUAAGCUCAAACAGAUUACACAUGUUGUCUAACAGUUGGAUUGGUGCGGAGACUGCGAUUAACGUGCCUAGUGAAUCGUUUCCAGGAACUUCCUUUGACGUGCCAGAGGCUAACCGGCGUUCUCAUGUCACCGCUGAGAGCUUUAGGACGGGCAGGCCCGUGAGAAUAAUGAAUCCAACCAACUCUGCUAUCUGGCCAUCCAAAUCACUUCUAAAGUCAGGAAGUUCAAUGGAUGUUGUUGUAUCUGCUUUAGUUCACCUCAAUAAUCACCUGAAAGCAGUAGAUCACCGUUUGGGUCUGAAAAAGCAGGUAAUGGACAGUUCGAACACAUAUCUGUCCAUACUGUUUAACGGACGUUUAGGAAAUCAAAUGUUUGAAUUCGCAUCUUUAUUGGGAACUGCGCGUACCCAAGGGGUAAUCCCCGUCAUCCCAAAGGGCAGCAACCUGGUUAAAAUUUUUAACAUUAAUAUCACUGAUUUAGAUUUUGGGUUGGUUUCAAACUUUCCUCGUGUUGGGCAAAAACGUGAUUGCGCUUUUGAUCCUAUCGAAGGCAAUUUUACAAGAAAUCAAACAAUGAACGGUUACUUUCAGUCAUGGCGAUAUUUCUCUGACGUUUUUGCAGAGCUACGAAACCAGUUUACAUUCAAAGAUGAUAUUGUCAAACGCGCGCGAUUAGCACUUAAAACCUCUAUACAGUCACAGCAUCCUCAUUUCUCUCUAGAGAAUGCAACAUUUGUAGGUGUUCACGUCAGACGUGGUGAUAUGGUACAGCCUGAGAUGAUUCAAUUUGGCUAUGCUGUUGGAAGUAAAGGCUAUCUUUACCAGGCCAUGGACCACUUUAGGAGCAAAUACAAGUCUGUGAUGUUUAUUGUGUGCUCUAACGACAUGGAAUGGACAAAGGAGACAUUACCUCAUCAGGUCUCCACGUUUAUCACCGGCCAGGAGGCUGAAGUGGAUAUUGCGAUACUGUCGUUGUGUAACCACACCAUUAUGACCGUAGGUUCUUACGGCUGGUGGUCCGCCUGGCUGGCCGGAGGGACAACUAUCUAUCAGAUACAACAGACGAUUCCGGGUACAGAGCUGCACAAGAGGUUUAACCUGACCGAUUAUAUGCUGCCAGACUGGAUCGGCUUGAAUCAGACAAUUGUGAAAGUGACGUAGUUGUAUGCUCAUGAGCUCUAUUACGCGAAACCACAGAAAUACGUCCAAAUUAGUCCUUAGUAAAUGAUUACCUUUCACAAAAUAUCAGCCUCAUUGGUGCACGUAAUAACAUUCAAAAUCACUGUUAUUGCUGUAAAUUUGUAAUGCGGGCCGCUUUAUUAGAUUUCCGAAAUGAAGACUUUACUUUAAUAAUAAAGAGUAUAUAUAUUAGUCUGGUAUUUUCAAUAAUAUGUCAAUAAUAAGAGUUAUUUUAGGUAAAUGAAUGAAAAUUCGAUCAAGAAAUAUGAAUUGUUCGCGAAAAAUUUCCUGUAUAUAACCACCGAUAUAAAUAUUCGUAAUGGUAUUCAGAGGAGCGUAAUGCUGCAUGCCAUAUCACUGUAUAACUGACUGUGUGCACAAUCCAGAAAACCUUAUGUUGUUAUAUACUUUUUAAUUCUUACGUUUCCAAGGUUAAAGGUAUAGUUUUAUUUACACGGCCCGAUAUUUUUUUUUUCGGAAAUCCAACAUUUUUCUUAGUGCUUUGAAACGGACAAUAAAUUUUCUAGAGCUACGUGUAAGCCAAUUCCCUGUCACUCGUAAAUCAGAGUUCCAUUGUAAACUGUUAUAUUCCGGAGUUUGGCCUACACUAUCAUUGCUAUAAAUAUAAAAAUCAACCCAUCAUGCAGAAAUCACGAUGACCUCCACGCAGAAGGCUUUAGUAAGAUUUUUAUAUGCGGCUAUGAUGAGGUUUGGGGAAAAAAUUCUACUGAUAGAUCAAUAUGGAUUAUCGCAAGAAUCCACUGCGCAAUUGUAACUCGAGAGAUCACUGCGCAAAUGUUGUAACUCGAAGCAAUGUGCAAUGUUGUAACUUCGAGAUCCACCACUCAAAUGAUGCUACAUUCAAUGAGUUACGGCACAAACUUCAAACUGUUGUAACUUCGGAAGUCACCAAGUAAACGUUGCUAUACUCAGUGAGUUAAGGCACAAAUGUUAUA